AUGAUUAUUUCUUUCCUUUUUGCUAGGGUUCAAUCAGGUACUAGCACUAAAGGAAUAUUCUCAAAAGUUUUUGAUGAUAAAAUAAUUGUUGUUAAUGCAAGUGGAUCAUCAAAACAAUAUGUAAAUGGAUCAAAAGCAUUAGCAAAGCCAGAAUAUGCAAUUUAUCCAUGGGAUAAAGACUAUGAUUGGUGUUCAAAUUGUGGACGUUCUAAUGAUGAUCAUCCAUGGAUUGCUUUUUCAUUAGACAAGAGAAAGAUUAAAUUUAACGGAUACUUUGUUCGUGUUGGCUGCUGCUAUGAUGCAAAUAGAUGCUGCUGUGAAGAUGAACAUUAUAAUUACUGUAUUGACUGCUGUUUAUACAGCUGGUCCUUACAAAUUUCUGAUGACAAUAAAGAAUGGAAAGAAGUCCAUAAAAUCGAAAGAGAUAAUGAAAUGCGCUAUUGCAAAGAGAAAAGUUACGAUUUAGACAAAACAUAUGAAACGAAAUACGUCAGAUUAAUUCAAAACGAAGCUUGUCCAGGGGAUCCACCUUGCAUUGCUCUUAACAAGUUUGAAUUGUUCGGUGAUGUCAUUCCAGAUGGUGGAGAAGAUGAAAACUUCGUUUCAUAUCACGACGAUGACGAUGAUGUAAGUAUUAUAGGCCAUAUCUCUAAAAACGGAAAUGUUAAGAUCAUAUUGUUGUAA